AUGUCACCAGAUCCUCUUGAUCAGUCAACAGAAUGGUUGGAGCUGUUAAACGAGCACCCUAUCUUCAGCGAUGGUAUAGCUAAUGAAAAUAUUGAAUUUGUCGACGGCAAGCAAUCAUGCCUUGCGUUCUCGAACAAUGAACUUUACGUUGCUAUCAGGUCUAAGAUUCGAAUUUUGAAUCUUCUAGAUCUAAUGUCUGUCCUUGUUAGAUUUGAUCAUGACGAUGAUAUCGCGGAUACUUUAGACAGACUAAAUCAAGUUGAUUACAUGGAGUUGCAUAUUCCGGAGAUUGGAUUUCAAAUUCAAUCGAUAGUUCUCGAUUCUUAUCAUAAAGCGAGAAUGAUUGCUGUCGCAGGAGAAUCAGAACUGGUGGUUGUUACUUUGCCAGAAUACACAGAAGAAGAAGACGAUGAUUGCAGAGCAUAUAAUGUUGGAACUCUUCAUGAGCCAGGAGAGGGUAUUAAAAUAGUGAAAGUGGCAUGGCAUCCAUUGAGUGAAUGUGGAAGCCAUCUUGUUGUUUUGACAGAAGACGGCGUGUUAAAAAUGUACGAUGUAUUCGAGGAUCUCAAGCAACCUGAACAAAUAAUAUAUUUUUCAUCAAAGGCGCGUCCUCCGUCUCGGUAUGCAUCCUUUGACUCAAAGUCUGAGGACGCAGUAUCAUUCUGCUUCGGAGAGGGUAAAGAUGAUUGGGGCCCCUUUGUGAUUUAUGUGGUUAUGAAGGAAGGUGAUAUCCGAGCCGUUUGUCCGUUCCUACCUAAUAGAAGACAGGCAGAAAGCUCCUAUAAUCUGGACAAGAAAGCUUACUCAACGCUCUAUGAGCUAUACCGCCAACAAGCAGAAUGGAUAUGCUCAGUCAUGAACCAAAUUGAAGACGAUGAAAAUGAAAGGGUUGUUAUUAAUGCGCCAACUCUUCCCGAACAUAUUGAAAUCCAAGGCCCUUUUGAGAUCAAGCCAAAACCGAUUGCAUCAACUCACCCAUAUUCGGCUACGGAUAUUAUAUACAUGGAUUCUGAUCCUGUCGGGGUGAUUAUAAUCGCGUAUGACAAUGGUUUUGUGAACGCACACAUUCAGUUCGAAAGAAUCGAGGGCGCAUGGCAGUUGUCGAAAUUACCACCAUACUGUCCGGGUCUUACUUUAUAUGAACGUAUCGAUUUGGAUUUUACCCCAAAUCAUCAAAGUAAUACGCCAUUAAUAAAGCAUUCUCCGAGCCUUGUGCGUGAUGCACUUUGCCCAGAUAGGUUUUUUGUCUACCACGGAGAGGGACUUCAUGCAAUAAGCGUACAACCCUGGAUGCGAGAAUUGAAACGAAUGUAUGACAAUGGAAUAGAGGCAGGAGAUAUAUCGGUGUUGCAAGCGGAUAUCCAUUCGGAUGUGAUUUGGGUCGCCACUACGCAAGAUAAUGCUAUUCAUGCUUCUGCUUCGCAUGUUUCUGGUAGCGGAAGAAUUUUCUUUCAAAAUCAAGGCCUACCAGAGCCAGAUCCUCUCGUCGGUCUAUGUCUAAUCCAUGGUGCUCCAUUAUGUUAUGCCGUAAUAAUGCUUACAAAGUCAAGAACGGUAGCUUGUCAAGAACUUGCACUUCCGACAGCUAUAAAUGCAAUAUCUGCUGUUCAAUUAAGACCGUUUAUUCAAUCGGAAAAACCAGUUGUGUCACCAUCGCCAGCAAUUGAAGCACUAAGUCAAUUCUUCAAUUCACAAGGCUUACCCCGACGACCGCAAAUCAUUCAAUCGCGGAAUGUACCUGAUUUGUCGCCUGAAAUGACUAUAAGUGUUAUUCAACUAGCCAAGUAUCUUAAUCGAUACGCUGAGACUAUAAUAACCGGGUUGGAUGACCUCGACAACCGCACCAAAGCGCAGGCGGCCCAACUAUUUCAGCUUAGUGAUGUAAUCGAAGAUGCAGUAUUGUUUGAAGCCGAAGCGAGAGAACGGCUAUUGGCAUUGCGAGAGCGUCAACGAACGAUAGAAAUAAGAGCCAUGACACUAUUACAAAAGUUACUUCAUGAACAGGAGCCGGCUUCUGACGAACAGCAGCAGGUGUAUUUGGAAAGCCUUGAGCGGUUAACGCUGGAAAUUGAUGACGAAAAUGGUGGUGGAUUGCGGGCGAGAAUUAGUGAACUCGAAGAAAUCCAUGGAUCGUUACGAGAAGAUUACCAUCUACUCAAGCCGCAGAAUAAAGCAAGUCUUAAAUUGUCCGGAAGCCAAUUGGCUAAAGUUCGUGAGGCAUUAUCUAAAGAAACGGAAAUGAUCGAGGAAACGAAACAAAAAAUCGAUUUGAUUCAGGACAAGUUGGAGCAGUUGAGAUUGAGUAUUAAAUUGUGCACUUCCAAUACUCUUACUUCUCAAACACUUCUCAUAAUGUCUUUGGUUGCUGAUUAUCACUCCGACUCUUCUGCGGAUGAAGAUUCUCCCUCGCCACCUCCCACUUCAAAAUCACACUCAUGCUCUUUACUAAACGUCCUUCCCCCACCCAAAUCUUCCUCAAAAGAAACCAUAUCUUCCAAGCCGCAACCACCAAAAAGUAACGCUUAUACUAACCCAAGUCAAGCGUCUUCCAAAGGGAAACUGGAUGGACCGGUAAAAAUAUUUGUUGAUCUGCCGAAAAUAUCGGAGGGCAAUGAGAGUGAAGAAGAGAGAGAAACAAAGAGGGUGAAAGUAGGAAGCGGGCUAUUGGAUCUGCUGCCUGCUCCAAAGAAGACCGUCUCCAGUACUGGCACGGUUAAUUCUAAUACGUAUUAUAAGCAGUAUCAAUUGUCUACUAAGCAAUAUGUAUCUGACGACCACAGUGCGUAUAACGAGCAUAGUGCAUAUGACGAAUAUAAUAAUGAUGCAUAUGACGCGUAUUAUCAUGAUCAUAGCAUAUCAAACGAACAGCAUGAGGAACAAACAGAGGCCAAAAUUGAUAAUGAUGUGCUACAACAAUUGGGAGGAAGGCGAGGGAGGGCAGGCCCAAUACAGAUAAAGGAGAUCAGUGCAGCUGAUCAGCUGGCUGAUGCGUGGAAGUCCCAGGUUGCCGAUAUAUCAAGACCUGCUACAUCAACCGGCAGCUAUUCACAUUUGAAACCUACUAAAGGACAAAAGCGUAAGCACAAUAUUAUGUAUCUAGCAUUUCAGUCCAAGUCAAUGGAGAAUGAUCUCAAAGAGCAAUUUGCUACAAAUCGUAAGACUAAGAGGGAAACGCAAGCAAAAUAUGGUAUAGGUUUUAAAGAAGUAUUUACGUAUCCAAUAAUGUCGUGGACUUUGUAUUAG